AUUUGUCAGAAAUACUUCAUAAAUUUCAAGAUUACAAGCAUCACAAGUUGACGAUUGGAAUGUUUUUUGAAUUUAUGAAAGUUGCAUAUCAAGUCAGCGAUAAUUGUAAAAGCAUAACUACAAUAUUUACAACAGACAAUAAAUUUGAUUGGGAUAAAUUAUCAAAGAUAGAUAUACAUUUAGAAACAUCUAAUCAUACAGUUCAUGAGAGAAGUAUCGAUAACAAUGCUGUAAGUGAAAAUAAAAAUUCUGUUGUACUGCCAAAACUAGAGCUUAAAACCUAUGACAUGAAUCUUCCAAAUUCAACAUAUUUUGUUACAUCUACAAAUGGACAAAUUGAACAUGAAGAAACAUUUAAUUAUGAUAAAAAUGCAGCAACCAACACCGAAAAUUGUAACAGAAUUACAGAAACCUCAUCACAUUUGAAUGAAUCAAAGGCGGUUAGAUCUACAGGUAUAACAGAAAAUCUUUUGAUAAGUUUGAUGAAAACAAAUUUAAGUGAUAUAUUGCAUGAAGGUUUAUUAGAUUCUGUAUUACCAUACAUGAUUCCAAAGUCUACUGUAUCACAGCCCAUUAUUAAAAAAUCCAUUAUAAAUAAUGAGAUUAAGAAAUCUAAUUCAUUAAGUAAUAACAUUGAUACAAAUAUGCUUACAAAUUUAUCACAUAAAGAAAAGGAAAAGGAUAAAAACAAGGCAAAUAAAAGAUUGAUGGAAAAUGAAGUGGAAAUUCAUGUUUGCGACGAAGAGAAAAAUAUUAAAAAAAAUUUUCAUUGUUCUCAGAAACUACUUAUUCAAAAAAUGCGUUACUUUGCUGAUAUUACAGCAGGUCAGAAAUUGGAAGAAAUUGAUAUAUCAGUUCAUUGUGACAUUGUGAUAUUUGAUUGGUUAAUGAGGUGGGUAAAAAAAGAUAUGACCAAAAAAUCUGAGUGGCCAACUUUAGAACCAAGUAAUGUCAUUCCAAUAAUGGUAUCUGCAUCCUUUUUACAAAUGGAACCACUUUUGGAGAAUUGCCUACAGUAUUGUCAUGAUAAUAUGUCUGACAUAUUAAAAACAUCCACAAUAUUAACUUGUUUAGAUGAUAAUCUUCUUACAAGACUAGUAGAGAGAUUUACAAAUGAAGAUGUGGAAGCAUUAAAAGACAAGAAAGAUAAAAUCCAAAGUAAAUUAUUCUGCAAAUUGAUUAUAUCCCUGGCAGCAGUAAUGCCUGACAACAAAAAAGGACAUUAUAGUUCUUUAGCUACAUUGUUUAGAUGCAGUAAAUGUGGGAAAAGUAUUGUUCAGUCUGUUUCCUAUCAUGUACCAUGUAUUGCAAGUGCCAUGGUAAUUGAUAAUCAUGGACAUGUGCACAGUAAACACGUACGAGAUUUAUCAUGGACUUUAAAUGAUUAUAUUAUUACUCUCCGAACGGAGUUACGUUCUUGGCGUAAAGUUUAUUGGAGAUUAUGGGGUAGAUAUCCAUGUUGUAGUCAACGAGCAUACAGAUUUGAAGUAUUAUCAAAUCGUGAAGGUUGUAGGUACAGGGAACAUAUGCCAGAUUUACAAACACAAAGGGAUAUAAGUAUAUUGAACAUUUUUUCAAUAUAUAGAGAAGUAAUAGCGAUGGAACCACCACAAUUAUUUUUUCCAGAAAAAAUUACGAGAUUAGUAGCUCGUGACGUAUCUAUUGAUUCAGGAAAAUUAACAUGUAAAAGUACAAUGUGGUGGGCUGGUUUAGAACUUGCUCCUCAGCGACCAAAGUUUGGUCUUCUAGGCAAAAUAUGGAGUGGAACAGGACUCCGACGAUCGUCUCAAACACAAGAUUUGCAAAAAACAUCGUUAAAGGUUCAUCAACAAGCCUCUCUUGCAAAUGAUGUUUCGUCUAUUACGUCUUCAAUUACCGAAAGUGAUGAAGAUGAUGGCAUUACAAUCGAUGAAGAUUGUAGUAUUGAUGAAGAAUCGUAUAAUAGCGAAGAAUCACUGCCAUGGUCUACUUUAAAAACAAAAAAUCAAAAUAUGAAGAAAUCAAAAUAUCGAAUUCUAAACAACGGGCGAUCUUGGAAUAGUGACUCAAGUAUAAGACAUAAUCAAGAUAAUCAAAGAGAAUUUGAAGAAAAAGCAAGUUCCCAAAUGGUAGCACUAUUAACAAAAAGAGUAUCUGCAGAUUCUUCUUUGCUGGUGAAGUCAUUGAGUAAACACAACCGUAGAAAAAAUCAUUUGAACGGUGGAACUUAUACAAAACUAGAAGGAGAAUUUCGUGAUCAAUUAAAUCAAUGUUGUAAAAAUAAAGGUACAGCUGGAAAAUACUUCUUGCGUAUGAAAUCAGCUAAAUCAUAAAUAACAUGCGUGUACGUUAACUAUGUUAUCAAAAUUUGUUAUAAAAAUAUAAAAACGUCAGCUAGUCCAAACACAGUCGAUCUUUACCUAUCACUAUGCAAUAACUUUUUAUUAGAUCUUGCAACUUAUCAAUUUACUUAUAACAAAAAUACAGAAAUAAAUAAUAUAAAUAAUAUUAAA